UGAUCCAGCGAUUUCAUGCGCGUUUGUCUUCCAAUCAAAUAUGAUUUGGAUAGGAUGAGAACAGGAGCGUCUUUGUUUGACAUAAUAUAAGGACAUCCUGGUGGUUACAGAUGGUUACGUUCGCAGGCUGGGCUAUAGCCUAUAGGCUAGAGAAAAUCAUUUCAUUAAUCGACAUUAUUGCGAGCCAUGAUGGAAUUACAUAACGCCUAUAUGCUGCAGUCUAUAAUAACGUAAAUGGUGCUAUUUUCUCACUGAACGACUGAAUGUGAAACGCAGAAGCAGCAGGACAGAUCGCAGAGGAAAUCACAUUGAGCUCCACAUAACGAAUCGAGGAGCCGAGAGCAUGCAUGAAUUAACAGAGCCGAGGGUUCAGCGGCGAUACUAGAGAGAUGAAGGAGCUUUCGUUCUCCCCUUGAUGUGUUCAACCGGCCACUGGGGAGAGACAACCAGGAGCAGCCGAUGCUCGGAGAGAACAGCGGCCGCAGCGCCAGACAUCGGCGAGAGCGAUAACUCAGCGCUGUUUACUGUCAUUUGAGAGCUGGCACCAGACCCACGGCGAGGCAUGGGCUGCGCUCCCAGCAUCCACGUCUCCCAGAGCGGUGUGAUCUACUGCCGAGACUCGGACGAGUCCAACUCUCCGCACCAGACCACCACCAUCUCGCAGGGCACCGCGGCCACCCUACAUGGGCUGUUCAUCAAGACGGACGCGGCCGAUACCAUCUCAUCCGUCAUCACCUACCAGAGCAGGCACUCCGGAACCAACUCUCAACGAGAGAGAAGAGAGAACAGCCGGGGACACAACUGCAUCGAGGCGGAGACCCAGACCAGUCACACCAGUGUCAAGGUAUCAGCCACAGAAGAAUGCAUAGGACCUAUGAGACUGACCCAAGAACCUAUUCAGGUCCUGCUGGUGUUUGCGAAGGAGGAUGGUCAAAGCGAUGCCUUCUGGUGGGCGUGUGACCGGGCGGGUUUCAGGUGUAACAUCGCCAGAACGCCUGAGUCCGCCAUCGAGUGUUUCCUGGACCAGAGCCACGAGAUUGUAGUCAUCGAUGGACGCCACUCACGAUACUUUGAGGCAGAAGCUGUCUGUCGGUUGAUUCGUGCCACAAAGCGCUCAGAACACACAGUCAUUCUGGCCGUCGUGCCACAGACGCCUUCAGGUCAGGGGGAGCAGUCUGUUCUUCCUCUCCUCUGCGCUGGAUUCAGCAGAUAUGUGGAGAACAGUAGUGUCUCUGCUGCUAUAUAUGAGUUGCUCCAGAUUGAACAUGGAGAGGUGCGCUGCCAGUUCAAACUCAGGGCGUGUAACUCAGUGUUCACUGCUCUGGACCACUGUCAGGAGGCUGUGGAGAUCACCAGUGAAGACCAUGUGAUACAGUAUGUGAACCCGGCAUUUGAGUGUAUGAUGGGUUACCACAAGGGAGAGUUGAUAGGGAAAGAGCUGACGGAACUCCCCAAGAGUGACAAGAACCGAGCAGAUCUUCUAGACACCAUCAACACCUGCAUCAAGAAAGGAAAGGAGUGGCAGGGGAUUUACUACGCCAGGAGGAAGUCGGGUGACAGCAUACAGCAGCACGUCAAGAUCACGCCUGUGAUUGGCCAGGGAGGAAAGAUCCGCCAUUUUGUGUCCAUCAAGAGGCCCCACAGUGACAACAACAAACAGGUGAGCCAUGCAGCCAGGAUUCACAAAGAUGGCGAACAUUCCCAGUCAGAGAGCCAUUCCCUGCGUCACAGAGACAGGAGGAAAGAGUCGGUUGAUACCAGGUCAAUCAGCUCACGUGGCAGUGAUGCACCCAGUCUGCAAAACCGCAGGUACUCAUCUGUAGCCAGAAUCCACUCAAUGACCAUAGAGGCCCCCAUCACCAAGGUGAUCAACAUCAUCAACGCGGCCCAGGAGUCCAGUCCGGUGUCCGUUAGCGGAGGCGCUGGACCGGGUCUGGAGAUCCUGAGGACCACAGAGCUCUACUCUCCUCAGCUGGCCUCCAAGGAGGACGACCCACACACCAACGACCUUGUAGGGGGCCUUCUGCAGGACGGCUUACGGAGACUGUCUGGCAACGAGUAUGUCUUCUCCAAAAAUUUGAGCCAGAGUCAGCUGGCCAUCCCAGUAACGCUGAAUGACAUCCCUCCGGCCAUCGCUGAGAUGCUGGAUGGCGAAGACCAAUGGGAGUUUAACAUCCUGGAGCUGGAAUCUGUCACCUGUAGAAGACCUCUGACCUACCUGGGCUUGAAGAUCUUUGCACGCUUCAGUGUGUGUGAGUUCCUGAGCUGCAGUGAGGCUACGCUACGCUGCUGGCUGCAGGUCAUAGAGGCUAACUACCACGCCUCCAACUCCUACCACAACUCCACCCACGCCGCUGAUGUCCUACACGCUACUGCCUACUUCCUACGCAAGGAGAAGGUCAAGGGCAGUCUAGACCAACUGGACGAGGUGGCUGCAUUGAUCGCGGCAACGGUCCAUGACGUGGACCACCCGGGGAGGACCAACAGCUUCCUGUGCAACGCAGGAAGUGAGCUGGCCAUCCUGUACAAUGACACAGCUGUGUUAGAGAGUCACCACGCCGCCCUCGCCUUCCAACUCACCGUCAGGGACAGCAAGAGCAACAUCUUCAAGAACAUCGACAGGACUCAGUUCCGGACAUUGAGGCAGGCCAUCAUUGACAUGGUGCUGGCUACAGAGAUGACCCGCCAUUUUGAACAUGUCAACAAGUUUGCCAACAGCAUCAACAAACCAAUGGCUGCCAUCGAGGAGUCCAGCUCAAAUAGUGAAGGCAGUGACAGCGAGGGCCCAGCCAGUAUCAGGAACAGCCCAGAGAACCGGCUGCUGAUCAAGAGGAUGAUGAUCAAGUGUGCUGACGUGGCCAACCCCUGCAGACCCCUGGAGCUCUGCAUAGAAUGGGCUGGACGCAUCUCCCAGGAGUACUUCGCACAGACUGAUGAGGAGAAGAGACAGGGUCUACCGGUGGUCAUGCCUGUCUUUGACAGGAACACCUGUAGUAUCCCCAAGUCUCAGAUCUCCUUCAUAGACUACUUCAUCACAGACAUGUUUGACGCUUGGGAUGCCUUCGCCAGUCUACCUGGCCUCAUGGAGCACCUGUCAGAGAACUACAAGUACUGGAAGGGUCUGGACGACAUGAAGUGCAAGAGCCUGCGGCCGGCCCCUCCUCCGUGACCCCUCCAUCCCUCCCUCUCUCUCCCCUUAUCCCUCCAUCCCUCCCUCUCACUGGGCUGGGGGAGACAUCGAAUGUAGCCCGGCGCUGGUAUUAAGCCCCUCCCACGGUGAUUCUACCCAGCUCCACACACAAUGGACUGUAGACCAUUGUAGACCUCAAGAGUCUGUAGACCUCAGAGUCUGCAGCUUGGAGCCCUGAGAAGAGACCAGGGGACUGACAUACUGGCUGACAAAUGACACCCCAAUUCCCCAUAUAGUGCUCUCCUUCUGUCCAGACAUCUUUCCCAUCCCUAGUUAUCGGAUGUUACUUCAAACUGAUUUCAAACAGAGAAUCAUUACGAUGCCCCAUGGCAAAUUUAGCAUGGGGGGGGGCUCUGGUCAUAAGUAGUGCACUACAUAGCGAAUAGGGGGACAUUUGAGAAUUGCCCACUGAGACUCUCCAGCCUCUUCAGACCCCUCUGUGGUUCCUCUUGGGCCCCUAAUGUGACUCUACAGCCCUCCUGACAAUCUAUCCCAACCAACCGCACUUUAGCAGCUCAAAAAAAACGUGUUACUUUCUCACAUCUUUUCAUUUUUUCCCUGUGAUGUUGUCUGUGUUCUAUAUCUGUUUCUUUUAUCUCAGGCAAGUGUCUGCUGUUGUUUGUCGUACCUCUGGUUUUUGUCCGUCCUUGCUUAGUCCCUACGGUAGUGUGUGGUGAUGUGGGAACCAAAGGUUUGCUGACACAUGAACUCCUUCUCCUGUACCAGGAAUAAUAGAGGAGAGAGCACAGAACUAAAGUAUGUAGAGAGAAACCUGUUCCCUGAAUCACACACACACAGCCAACUUAUAAAACUGUAACUUAGCUCUCCUUGUUCUCUCUCCAGAUGGAAGUAUUAGGUAAUAUUGAGCUCUGAUAAGCCCAGUUAGGCAGAGUAAAACAGAGGUGUGUGUGUGUGUGCUGUCUUUUUGUG